AAAAAAUGAAAUAACAAAGUUUAGUUCACUGAUAAAAAGUUUGUCUUCUCUUACGAGGAUAUGAAAUUGCUAUUCGCUUCUGUCAAUAAUCAAAUAUCGUAGGAGCUGUCUUUCCGAACGAUAUGCCGAAGAGGAGUGUUGGUAGGGUGUUUUAUAUAUGGUCGUUUUUUCUUCGGUGUCUUUAAAAUCUUCCUUUAGUCAGACUAAAAUGGGUACUUUAUGGAGUUCGUACGUUACACAUCCCGAUAUAACGCCAGAGGCGGAAACUGCGCCGACUUUUGAUCCAUUGUAUGGAUUUCAAAACGGUCGAAAAGCGAGAGUGAUGAUUGCCACGGAUGCAGAAAUGAAGGCAGCCAGAAUACCGAAGAGAUUCAGAGAUUAUUGCGCUCAUAAGUUCUUAGAAUUGGAAGACUGCAGAAAAUAUCAUUUUCCCAUGAUGAACAAAUGCGAUCAUCAGAAUCACGCUUAUCAACAAUGCCAAUACGAGGAUUACGUUCUGCGGAUGAAGGAAUUUGAAAGGGAACGCAGACUUUUGGAAAGACAGAAGAGGAAACAGCAAGCUGCGGCUGCUUGAAGGAAUUGUCUCGUAGAUGUAUAGGAAUGUUGAAAUUUAUUGCUCGCAAUUUAGAAUUCGCAAGUACAGGUUCUUUUCUGUUCCUGUAUACAUUUAUUUAUAUAUAUAUAUAUAUAUAUGUAUAUAUAUAUAUGUAUGUGCACAUACAUAUAAAUAUAUCGUGUAAAUAAAAGUUGAAAAUUGUAAUAAACCGUUCUACAUAGUUUUAUCAUUUCAGCAGUCAUGGACGACUUUCGUGGCGGUUAUAAAGUAAAGAGGAUACGACUGGAAAGAAAUGAUAUUGUAGUUGGCGUUACAAAAGGAGAAAAUACAUAUUUACAAAACA